AUGGCAGAAUCAGCGAAUACCUCAAGAGGAUCAUCCUUCUCCGGCAUCGACGGAGGAGAUGGUAGUGAAGAUACGAAAAAGAUAUUCGAUAUCGCUACAUCACGAUUAUUGACUGAAAAGUCCAAAGCAGAAACCAUCAUCACCAAGCAUAUAGAUUGGAAGUGCGCUGUCGAGACCGCAUCCAAUCCUGAUACAAUCAAGCAAUUACAAGUUGAAUUUCAAAAGUCGUGGAAGAGGUAUAAAGAUGAUCAAAGUGAGAACCCUGUUCCCGAAGAGGUCAGGAAGCUAUGGACUGAUUGGGCGGAUCAUGAGAACCAAGGUGCCAAGGGACUUUCACAGGAGAUCAAGUAUACUGCUUAUAUGUGGAAUAGGAGUAUUAGUAAUGAUUUGAGAGACAUCGAGAUCGAAAAUGAAUCUUGUCAUCUAUCUGAAGGUGUGCAGAAAUAG